UGGAGCGUGUAAUGGCGGUCUCCUGGGCUGCGAGUGGCAGUGUGAGUGUGACCCUGGGCUGGGGAUGGCGUCGCCUCCAGUUGCACCUCGGAACUGCCGGGCGAUUUCUGUUUCGGGGCUUUCGUACUGCAGUGGCUUUUCAAACUGAAGAUGAGAGCUGUCCAGCAGAAGUAGUCAAUGUAGUGUUCAUAGACCGUUCUGGGCAAAAAAUCCCAGUGCAAGGCAAAGUUGGGGAUGAUGUGCUGCACUUGGCUCAGAGACAUGGCAUCGACCUAGAAGGUGCCUGUGAAGCCUCCUUAGCUUGCUCCACUUGUCACGUUUAUGUGAGCCAAGAUUUUGUGGAUAAGCUUCCCGUGCCUGAUGAACAGGAGGAGGAUAUGUUGGAUAUGGCACCGCUGCUUCAGGAGAACUCUCGACUGGGCUGCCAAAUUAUCCUUAACAAAGAACUGGAAGGAGCAGAGUUCACCCUUCCCAAGAUCACCAGGAACUUCUAUGUGGAUGGGCAUGUUCCCAAACCUCACUGAGAGCCACAGAUGCCAUAGCUGGAUCUAUCUACAUUGUUAAGCUGAUAAAGGCUUCAGAGAACACAGCAGGGUUGGGCCCAAAGCUGGAAACAUUUAAAGAAAAGAAAACGGAGGAGAUGGCUAUGAAAGGAGUAAGAAGAUGGUGCUGUGGAAGGAACUGAGUGAAAGAAGGAAUAAGGCUCAAGCAUUUGGCAACUAUCUCACCUGCCUGUGCCUUCUUCAGAAAGCCAAAGCUGAGUUAAGCAUAGCCUCAUCCAUGGCUCAGAGAGCUGCUGGGGGAAGGAUAUUUCCAUACCCGCUGUAACAGUUCUUACCCUACUUCCUGAAACCGAAGUAUUUCAUGGCGAGGCAAGAUGUUCCUAAGCAGUAGCCACUGUCUUUCAGCAGAGGAAUAUAAAGUUUUAUGCUGUGUUAAUUGCCUGAGGAUGGGAAAAAAUGUAAUUCCCAUAAGCACUUUCUCUGUAUGCUUUCUAAUUUGUUUUCUUGUUCUUCAAGCACUGUUUUGAUCCACACUGGGUCUUCCUCAUCGCUUGUCUGCAUUUAACUGUAGAACAGUAUAUUGGACCUUUGGUCAUCUCUAUAACCAAAAAACCAAGGACUUGGCUUCUUCCAGUAAAGAACAAGCAAGCUGUUGCUAAUGUUUUUUACUUAAUUCUCCAUACACAUGAACAACUAUAUUUGGAAUAUGUGUAUAUGGGGCAGGGGCUGUGCAGCACCCUGGAUUCAACUUUCAAAGAUGCUUUGAAGGGUUCAGGAGCACAACCAUAGCAUUUGUCUGCAAUGCUUUUAAGUGAUUGUCUUUUUUUCCUGGAACUGCACAGCCACUUAGAAGUGUUACAGACAAGAGCUCUGAAGCAAUUUUUGGAGGUUUUUCCAAUACCAAAGUUCAAAAGCAUCAAUCUUCUUUCUAUUCUGCUUCUUCAAAGUCCAACUUUCACUUCCAUAGAGUGUCACAGGGAAUACCUUUUCCUGUGCUAUUUAUUAUGGCAUCUGAAUAUCUUUUCCAAAGCCUUCAUGGCUGUUCUGCAAAAUGUUAGGCUGCAGCUUGUUCCUUUAUUGUUGAUGGUUGAUCCUAAAAGGUAGAAGUUAUCUACCACUUCAGGUCUUCAUUGUCAAUUCUAAGGCUGGCUGUUGUACCUGUUAUCAUUAGUUUGGUCGUCUUUAAUUUUAGUAUUUUGUGACUGAGCUCCUUGACUUUUAUUAUUAGGGCUUGCAGAUCCCUUUGUAUUUUGGCUAUCAGAGUAGUGUCAUCAGCAUAGUUACAGCACACUGGUGGGCAUACAGCAUGCUAUCCUUCAGGAUAAUAAAUCCAGGUUUUCAGGAAAAAAAACCACAUUUUCAGAAAAGAAUCAGUUUUUGCAUGUAGAUAAUGUCUUUGUAUCAUUAUUGUCUACAUACUUUUGAUGCAGGGAAAAUAGAUUCUUCCCCCACCAGAGCCGGCACAGCAUUGGUAUAGAUGAUGGAUCUGCAUUUGUUUAUUUAACAAGUAACUGGGAUAAGCUUAAUCUGCAAUUCAGAUAAAUUUUAUGCUGUUAAAUUGGUUUGAGCAACCUAUGCUCCUCCAAAGGUUGACUACAACACCCAUAAUCUUUGACCAGUGCCCAUGCUGAUUGAGAUUGAUUGGAACUGAACAUCACCUAGAGGACCACAAGUUUCCCAAUUUUGCUAUAGCCCUUUCUAGUAGAAUGGGAAUGUCUUUCAGCAAAACCAUUAUUUCAUUCUAUGCACCAACCUUCAUUGAUCAUCAUAUUUAGGUUUCUCUUCCAUUGCAGCAGCUAAAAUGUUCAUAAAUAUGUAGUAAAAGGUAAAUAUGCAUACAAUAUGAAGAGUAUACAGUGGUGCUUAAAAGUUUGUGAACUCUUUUGGAUUUUCAAUUGUUUCUGCAUAAAUAUGAUCUAAAAUGUGAUCUGUUCUCCACACAAGUCCUAAAACUAGAUAAAGAGAACCUAAUUAAACAAAUGAGUCAAAAACAUA